AUGUCCAUGGAAGCUCACAACGAAUUCUUAAAGCCCUUCGAAGCCCGCCGUCUAGCCAUGAAGGAAUCCGAAAAGGAUGAAAUUCUAUUGAUCGAAAACGCUCACAGAUUCGUCAUGUUCCCAAUCAAGUAUCAUGAAAUUUGGGCCGCCUACAAGAAGGUGGAAGCUGCCUUCUGGACCGCUGAAGAAAUCGAAUUGGAAAAGGAUGUUCAAGAUUUCCAAAAAUUGACCGACGAUCAAAAGCAAUUCCUAGCAAGAUUAUUGGCAUUAUUGACCGUCUCUGAAGAUGUCAUUAAUAAGCAUAUCAUUGAAAAAUUCUCCGCUCAAUUGCAAAACCCUGAAGGUAAGAGUUUCUACGGGUUCCAAAUCAUGAUGGAAAACAUUUACGAUGAAGUUUACUCCAUGAUGGUCGAUACCUUCUUUAAUGGUCCUGAAAAGGUCCCAUUCUUCAAGGAAGUACCAUCUUUACCUGAACAAAAGGAAAAAGUAGAUUACAUUAACAGAUGGAUUAAGAAUCAAGAUUCUUUGUACGCUGAAAGAUUGGUCGCUUUGGCCGCUAAGGAAGGUAUCUUCUUCUCUGGUGUUUACGCCGCUUUGGGUUGGUUAGGUCAAACUGGGUUCCCAGGUUUAACUACAGCAAACAAAUCCAUUUGUAGAGAUAAGGGUGCUUACUCAGAUUUCAACUGUUUGUUAUUUGCUCAUUUGAAGCAAAAACCAGAUGCUAAGAUUAUUGAAAAAAUUAUCUUGGAAGCUGUGGAAAUUGAAAAGAAUGUCUUAAAGAACGUUUUGAAAGUGGACAAGUUUGGUGUCGAUGCUGCUUUGAUUAACCAAUACGUCGAAUUCACCGCCGAUGGUCUAUUAUCUUCCUUUGGUAACCAAAAGGUAUUCAACGUUAACAACCCAUUCGAUUUCAUGGAAGGUGCUACCGCUAUCGGUAAGUCUAACUUCUUUGAAAAGAAGGUUUCAGAUUUCACUCAAUCUGCUGAAAACACUAAGAAGGCCGCUGAUAACAACAUCAACUUUAACGAAUCCUUCUAA